AUGUCGGUGGCAAUAUUGCUCCUCGCGUUAGCCGCAUUCAGUGUUUCGUGGUAUACCUUGCAUUCCACCCGAUCCAAGAUCGUUGCCAAAAGACUUGGGCAAGACCCUGGCAUCUUGAAUUUCAAACAAGCAGCUUCUAAGAGAUAUUUUGUUAGCAAUGGACAUAGUCUCGUCCGUGAAGGUUACAAACAGGUAUUCCGCGGGCCCUCGUUCAUUUUGACCAAGUUCUAAAACAUCGCACUAUAGUCUAAAGAUGAAAAAUAUGUGGUGCAAACUCAGGAUAUGGAGCGCCUCAUUUUACCUCCGAAGUAUCUGUCUGAGCUUCGCAUGUCACCCGAAACAAAACUUAGUCACUCUGUUGCACUAGUGGAGAGGCAUUUGGGAUAUUAUAGCGGAGUCGAUAUCAUUCUGCAAGAUAAACAACACUCUGAUAUUUGUUGA